AUGACGUUUACCGCUCUUAUUCUCAUUUUUUGUGGAGCUGUUAAUGCUCAGCUGUAUCCUACGCUUAUUCAGUCACGGCCACUGUAUCUGCCAGCACAUCUGCCACCGAAUCUUCAGCUCGCCGGUGCCGUUCCAGUCUAUGAGCCAGCCUAUCCACACCCACAAGACCGUAUGCCCAAAGCUUUCGGGACAUCCAUGGCACCUCAACAAGUAGUUGUAGAAUCUGCACCACAGCCUGUCAUGACAUCGGUCGUGCCACAGAUGGUACCAGCAGUGCCACCUCCAUCUGCGGUUAUACAAGCUUUGCCAAUACAGCAACCUUAUGCUUAUGCUCCACAGUAUUCCUAUGGUUAUCAGUAUCCUGGAUAUCCUGAUUACAAUCAAAAACGAGAAAAUCCUCUUAAACGGUUCCUUAAAGGAGCCGCUGAUGGUUUUAUGGUGGGAGCCGUUGGAUGGAUGGGAUAA